CUGGUUCCCACGCUGCCGCCACCCUCGCCCCGACCCUGACUGUUUGUGCACCCAGCUCCUCUGCAGCGGCGGACCCUACGGACAGCCAUGCAGUAGGAGCCUCCUGAACAGAGACGCUGAUACUGGGUCUGGCACAGGAGCAUUGCACUGCUGAUCUGCCCAGCCUUUUAGCUGUGCUGUGGUUGGAGCCCUGACUAUGGCAGCCCUUCUUCUGAGAGCAAAGCCCAAGGUACCAGUAUCUUUUGAGGAUGUGUCUGUAUACUUUACAAAUACAGAAUGGAAGCUUCUGAAUCUCAAACAGAGGAAUCUCUAUAAGCAGGUGAUGCUGGAGAACUACAGCCACUUGGUGUCAGUGGGAUUUGCUUUCUCUAAGCCUAACCUUGUGUCCCAGCUGGAGAGAGGGGAGAAGCCCUGGAUUACAGAUGGUGGAAAGGAGACUGCAGCAGGAUCCUGUGCUGGUGAGCAAGGGAAUGGGAUAAAGAGCAAGACACUGACUUCAAAGCCGAAACAUUUUGGAAGAGGUCUCCUCAGAGACACCUCAGGAUCCUUGGUGCAGAGACAUACUCACGACUUCAGGCCAAAUCCCAUUGUAAGGUACCAGCACUCCAGAAUCGCGGAUAAGCGGUAUCUGUGUCAGCAAUGUGGAAAAUCUUUCAGCCGCAGCUCCAAUCUCAUCAAGCACCGGAUCGUCCACAGCGGUGAGAAACCAUACGAAUGCAGCGAGUGUGGGAAGUUAUUCAGGCGCAGCUUGGCGCUGCUGGAGCAUCAGGGCAUCCACAGCGGUGACAAGCCCUAUGAGUGUGGGGAGUGUGGCAAGACCUUCACACGCAGCUCCAACCUUGUCAAGCACCAGAUCAUCCACAGCAGCGAGAUGCCUUUCAUGUGCCAAGUGUGCGGGAAGGUGUUCCGGCGGAGCUUUGCGCUGCUUGAGCAUGCUCGCAUCCACAGCGGUGAGAGGCCUUAUGAGUGCGGCGAGUGCGGCAAGACGUUUAGCCGCAGCUCCAACCUUAUCGAGCACCAGCGCACCCACAGUGGCCAGAAGCCCUAUGUUUGUCAGGAGUGUGGCAAGGCCUUCAAGGGCAUCUCGCAGCUCAUCCACCACCAGCGCAGCCACCGUGGUGACAGGCCCUUCUUGUGCUGCGAGUGCGGCAAGGCCUUCCGCGGCCACUCAGGGCUUAGCCAACACCAGCGAGUGCACAGCGGCGAGAAGCCCUAUGAGUGCAGCGAAUGUGGCCGGGCCUUUGGUCGCCGGGCCAACCUCUUUAAGCACCAGGUAGUACAUGGCAGGGUGCCGCUGCAGCGUCGAGGCUGUGGAAAGGGCCUCCGCCGGGCCUGCAUGCUCCUGGAGCUUUGGCACGGGCCCCGCGGACUUGGGCCCCAGGAAGCCGUGGAAGGCAGGUCCACCGAGCCCCAGCCCAUUGACACCAAUGAGAAGCCUCAAGUGUGUGAGCGCUGCAGCCAUGUCUUUAAAAACAAAUUGCUGCUGUGUCACCAUUUGCGCAUCCACGACAAUGAAGAUGACAAGAAACAGAAGCCAGUUACUGGGAGCACCUCAGGUUCGGAGGAGAAGUUGCUGCUCAGACAGGAUCUGGAAUCCCAGCUCGCAGAGGGAAGCAACAUUGAAAGCAGUGAAAAUUUCCUGUAUGCUGAGAAGGCUCAGGGCCCAUCCUCACCUUGAGGCAGGAAUAGAGGGCAGCAACUCAGAAUGACAGGGUGCCCCCACCCACCUAGUGUAGUCUUCCCCACUCCUUCCCUGAUGGGUAGAAAAGGAAGGCUCCUCCCUAGUCCUUGAUGAUACAGUUGAUGCCUAGAGAUUGCACAGGAAGGCUCGUCAAGGAGCCUAAGCAGGGCACUCCUGUGUGCGCUUGGGUAUAUAAGUGCCUAUGUGAGUGGGGUCUCCAGGAGAGCAGAUUUGCAUAAUACAGAGUUGGUCUCUCCUAUCCACGUGAGAAUUGCCUGAUGUGGUUGGGAGGAAAGCAACAGUGUCCAGCCAAUUCUAAGCACAGUUACAUUGAAGUUUACAGAGGGAUGACCCAUGACCUUUCUCUUGUUAACACAUUAGUGGGGUGAUUGCCUCUCCUUAAGAGCUGUUUGUGUUUCUAGAUAGAAUAUACUAAAAAGCACUUUAUUCUAUUGAAAGUGUAUAAAUUGAAGGGACUCUAAAGGUGGCCUGAUGCUUUGCAGGGAAGCACAGAGGCACUUGUUGUCCUGGAGCAUAAGCUAGACUGUCUGGGAAAACUUGGACCCUGUGUGUGUGCUGCUUGGAGGUCUAUACCAAAGCUUGCAGAGGUUAAGGCCCAGAAACCCUGAGGGCCUCCUUUUUGGGAAAGGAGCCCCCCCUCUGGUUUAGGUAAGACAUGGCAGCAUUUGAACCCCCACUGCCCUGCUGACUUCAGUUUCCUCCUCUCCCACUCAGUGAAGGCCAUACUGGCCAUUCCUACUGCCUGCCCCAGUGCCUAAUGCUUCAAAUUUGUCUGCUGAUCCUUUUCAGGCAAUCCACUGUGUAGUGAUGACAGGUUAGAAAUUUGCACUUAGGUGGCCCCUGAAAUGAGUCUGGCCAGACAAUUAUCUUUCAGAUGAUAUUUCUUAGAAUAUUAAAGUUGCCAUUACUUUAAUGUGCUUUCAUUUGGGGGUAACAUUAGUUGAAAAUUGAGAUUUUUUUGUUAUAGGAGAGUGUUGGGGGAUUUAUCUUUUAUAAAAAUUCCUCAGACAGAGGGUGUAGCUCAGAGGUGGAGUGUAUGCCUAGCAGACCACAGGUCCUGUGAGCCAUUCCUGCCCCUGCCCCUGCCCCAAGAAAAGCUCAGACAGGGGGAAGAGGCCUUCCCAACCCAUGAUUGAUGCCAGUAGUGGCAAACCUGGCCCUCUGAGUGAUGAUGUGACAACCCCCACCUCCCUUCCCUUAAGCCCAGCUGGCUCUUUAAGUGGCACUUUACUGAAGAGGAAGCCAGUGGCAGUCCUAUUCCACCUUCCACCUGUGCUGUCCCCAGGAUAGCUGUCCCUUGGUAUACUCAGCUCAGCAUCCUUGGUAGCAAGCUACUCUCCAAUUCUCUCCUAUCCCAGGGGAGAGAAAGAUUUUGUCACAAAGGCUGCCUGAGGGUAGGUAGGUUGGUGGUACAGGUGAAGUGGAGACAGCUCUUGGGCACUCCAAGGAAGAGUGGUGGCACCUUCCCUGCCAGUUGAGUGAGGUUCAAAGACAGCUGUAUACUGCCAAGAAAAUAUGGGAAGACCUGGAAACCCAGGAUGCUGGUUGGAGUCCUGGUCACAAGAAUAUUCACAUGUACACACACACAGAGAGAGAGAGAGAGAGAGAGAGAGAGAGAGAGAGAGAGAGAGAGAGAGAGAGACAGAGACAGAGAGAGAGAGAGACAGAAAGACAGAGAGACAGAGAGACAGAAAGACAGAGACAGAGACUUUAUGUAUAUAAAAUGUUUUGUGUAAAGUUCCAGUUUGUAACUUGCUCUUAUCUCUGUGUCCUCCAGUAGAUCCCCAUCUUUUUGUCGUGAUUGCUUUCUUGUCUGCAAGCCUGAAGAUGUGUGUCAUGCUCAGCCUUGUGUCUGCACUCCAAGCCCCACUGGGUACUGCUUUCUUGGUAUGCUGGAUUUGAGCUAUGUAGUGGUUGGCUUCAGUGGCUCAUGGAGGCAGUUCAGAGUAUCUGUCACUUUGGUUUCCCAAUAGAAAAGAAAAUACUAAGAACGGUGUCUUUUAAGUCUCUGGUGAAGUAAUUGCUCAGACAAUCUCUGCUAGGGCUGGCACAGAUACAGGAAACUAGGCCUCAUGCAGAACAGGUGCCCACAGUGCGAGGCUCUGUGCAAGCUCUGUCACAUGCUCUUGGGUGUUCAUUUCCAUGACUCUAUGAAGUGAAUGAAUGAUACCUAUCCUCCAAGCCAGUCACCAGCUUCUAUACCCAAGGAUAAGUCCCUACAGGAAGGGUCAUGUGCAGGCAUUUUCAGCAGAAAGUGGGGUCUGCAGGGAGAGACAUAGAGCACUUCAGAGUGGAGUACCCUGAAAUGCUCCAGGGUCCCUGGUGGUUGCCUACAUACAUAACAACACAUCUCUUUCAGUUCUCUAGUUCCUGUUCCUAGAUGUUUUCAGCCAGGCAGUUAGGAGUAGUUAGUUCUCUCAGGCAUGUAAAAUGAACAGAACAGAUAUCUCCUGGAAUAAAGUCAGAGUAACCAGAGGAACACUUGUUUUGUGCCUGAAAAUUGUGCUUCAUCCAUCAAGCUGGAUGGGGAAUGGGGCUGAUCACUCAUUUGUGUGUUUUAAGGGGCAACUAGAUUAUAAAACCUUAAACUAUCAAAACUCCUGCUGUUUUCUACUUCCUCCUCUUCUUGCCCGGCCCCCAUACUUACCUUUGGACUAUUUGCCUUGUAAGACUUUGGGUGCUUUUCAGGUGCUGUGUGAAUGUCCUAGCAGUCUCUCCAGGAAACUGAUAAGUGGUCCUCUCUGAAUUUAUCAGGAGAUGGAAUUUUCAACAUUUUUGUUGGUUGAAAAAAGACAGCUACUUGGAAAGGGGCUCCCCUGUGGUGAUAUAUUGUGUAUCCUGAUAAAAUUUGCCUGAAGAUCAGAGAACAGAACAAGCCACUAGAUUAAACAUAGAGGCCAGGCAGUGGUGGCACACACCUUUAAU